GCUGAAGCCAGCCGAGGAGGAGGUGUGUUACUGCUGCUGCUGCUGCUCUGCGGGCUCGUUUCCUCUCAACAAAAUAACAGAAACUAACGACAGAAAAUCCCGACCGACGCUGGUUUAAAUCACGAUGUCUGAAGGCGACAACAAAAGCGCAAAUAUGCUCGCUCAGGAAACGGCCCAGCUGGAGGAGCAGCUGCAGGGCUGGGGUGAGGUGAUCCUGGCCGGAGACCGCGUCCUGCGCUGGGAGAAGCCGUGGUUCCCCGGAGCCCUGUUGGCCGCCACCACCCUCAUCUUCCUGAUGGUUUAUUACUUGGACCCAUCAGUGUUGACCGGACUCUCCUGCACUGUCAUGCUGCUCUGCCUGGCUGACUACCUGGUGCCCACCCUCGCACCCAGAGUCUUCGGCUCCAAUAAGUGGACCACCGAGCAGCAGCAGCGUUUCCAUGAGAUCUGUGGUAACCUGGUGAAGACUCAGCGUCGCGUCGUCGGCUGGUGGAAGCGUCUCUGCGCACUCAAGGAAGAGAAGCCCAAGAUGUACUUUGCCUCAGUGAUCAGCAGCCUUGCAGUCGCCUGGAUCGGACAGCAGGUGCACAACCUGUUCCUCACCUACCUGAUCGUGAGCUUCCUGCUGCUCCUGCCAGGCCUGAACCAGCACGGCAUCAUCUCCAAGUACACCUCCAUGGCCAAGAGGGAGAUCAACAAACUGCUCAAACAGAAGGAGAAGAAGAACGAGUAGAAGGAAAACCCAAACGUGUUGCGGAUGAAGAACGGAAAGUGGAAGGAAGUCAUUUGAAGAAGAAGAAGAAAAGAAGAAGAGAGCUGCGUCCUCGCUCUCAGCCACAGAUCAAAUCCCACUUUUAUUAUUAUUAUUAUUUUUAUUUGUUUUCACACAUUGGAUAAGUUUCAUUUCUCUCUCUCUCUCUCUCUCAUGCACUCUUUAACAUUUCAACAACCCCAACACACACCUGGUGACUUUUUCUUUUUUCUUUUUUUUAAAUUAUCUGCCACAUGAAGGUUACCUGAGUUCACACACACACACACAGCACUGAAUCAUUCUCACACACACCGACACACACACACGCUGACACACACUUUCCCCCUCUACAUGUACGCACAGUUCAAAACUCCUUCUGUUUCUUUAGUUUUUGAGCGUGCUUCGGUUUUUUUAAGAUGUCAGUAAUGCUUUUUGUUUUGUUUUUUAAGCCAUUCCCUCGACUUUAGACAUAAAGAAGUGACUACUGAGCAGGUUUUUUUUUUUUUUUUUCUUGGUAGCAUUACUGCAUCAUUUUUAAACCUCACAUAGAUUCCUCCGCAAAACAAAGAUCGUUAAGUGUUUUUUUUUUUUUGGUCUUUUUUUUUUUUUUUUUUUUGUCUGCCUCCUCUGCUUUGGUUGUAUUUAAAUAUUUAGCAACAAAGGAAAAAGAGAAAACUGGAUUCAUAGCAGAGUUUUUUUUUUUUUUUUUUUUUUUCUAGAUCCAAGCCUACUGCUGUACCGCUGCUAGCUGUGGACUCUGUGGUCUCUUAGCGCUUAUCAUACAAACAAAAAAAAAAAGAGAAAAAAACUCCCACAGUUUGCCCCCUGCUGUGGGCUCUGUGUGUAAAUACGUCUCCUUAUGUGCGUCCUUUUCCUUUUUUUUGUUUUUAUUUGUCUCGAGUCUUUUUUUUUUUUUUUUUUUUCCUCUUCAUUUCUCUGGUCUCAUCACUGUCUUUCAACUCAUUUCAUUAUAUGUGUUUAUUGGACAUCUUUAUGAAAAAUGAAAAUAAAGUUCAAUUUAAAUUAA